GUCUUCCUGGUUUUAGUUAAAAAAAAAAAAUGGCGUUCCCGAGCAGGGAUGUUGUAUUUUCAAGAAAACCGAAUUUGACGUUAAUUCCAAACGCGGACAGAACAUAUCGACUCCUGGAGCCGCAGAGAAAGAGAGGAAACGCCCAGUUCCCUCUCGCUUCCUGUGGCCACAGUGUCAACCCUGCUGAUGUCACUGAAUCUGUCAAAAGCCUCCUGGACCAGAAGAGUCUCGAGUUUCGUUGCCCGGUCUGUGGUAAGGAGUGGUCCUGGAGAGAGACCCGGAAGCUGACCCAGCUUCCAGAACCAGAACUCUGUGCCCUGGAGGAGAGGGUCAAUCUGAUCGCACAGGACCGGCCAGAACUCUACAAGAAGUGCCCAGCCUGCAGCCUCCUCCUGCAGCACCCUGGUGAUGAUGACGCCUCUGUGGCUCUGUGCGUCGUCUGCCCUGGGUGUUCCCGCAGCCGAGGGAAGCCCUGUCUCUUGUGCUGGGCCUGCCUCAGCCCCUGGCAGGGGGGAGAAGAGGCUGGAGAAGGGGCCGGCUGCACUAACAAAGCCUGUGGUCUGAUCUCAGCCCUGCUUUCCUGUAGCAUUGUCACAGAGCCCGCUAGCAAGGUGCUGGGGUGCCCUCUGUUUCGAGCCUGUCCUAAGUGCCACCAGCUCACCAUGCACACAGGGGGGUGUAAGUACGUGUGCUGCCAGGGCUGUAGGCACAGGUUCUGUUUCAUCUGCCUGGAGAGAAGCGAGAACUGCAAGAGAACUGGGCCUGGCCUUUACUGGGCGUUGCAGUGCUCCAAGCCCAGAGCAGAGAGACAGAGGCUGGACUGUUAAGGAGGUCCAUUCUGUUAAUCCCAGGGAGCACAGGGGAGAGAAAUGGGGAAAGAACUCAAUCUACUGAGACUGGAACUAAGACAAAUUAGGGAGGAUCUUAAAAUAAGUUGACAAACCCUGACCAAUAAUUGAAGCGCAGAUACCAGGAUCAGAGGACGCAGCUGGAAAGUGGAGACAGACGUAGGACAGAGGGAAGGAGACGCUUCUUCACACAGAGAGCUGGUGAGGGAGUGGAAUGGGUUACCCAGCCAUGCUGCUGAUGCAGAAUCUCUGGGAUCUUUCAUUCAUGAUAUUAGGUUUCUAAUUCUUAUUGUGUUUAAAUUGAUCAUCACAUCCUUAUUUUAAACAGUUCAUCAUGAGUCACAGCCAUAUCUACUAAAGACCCAAGUUUGUUCUGCAAGGGUUUUUUAAAAUACUGGAUAGAACAAAAAUGAGGUUUUGUAAUAAAACUUCUAGAUUCA